UCCUUAGCUGCUAAAGCGAACACCAAUGAGCGUCACCAAUGAGAUGACAACUCCCUUAAGGUAUGUUUCCCUGGCCGAGAUGAGAUUCACCUGCAACAAAGACGCGUGAGAACAACAUUAAAAGUCCUCGACAGAGCUUCAGAGCUGAGUGGAACCUAAACACGGGGUGUUCUCUUAACUGGGUUACAUUAAGGAAGCAGAGAUCCUGGGUCCACUACGUGUCAGCGCAGCAGAGCAGAUGGACCAGGUGUCGUACCGGUCAGUGGGCAGUGAUGAGAUUACAGAUGAGUCAGCAUCAGUGUUGGAGGACAGGUGGAGCUCCUCUGAAGAAGAGGCCUCCGACCCUCAGGCACAGUGUCUUGCAGCCCCACAGACUCCUCUGCCGACCUACAAACAAAGGUUUGACGAAUUCAAGAAGUUGUUCAAAGAACUGCCGGAGUCAGAAAGACUCAUUGUGGACUACACGUGUGCCCUCCAACGGGACAUCCUCCUUCAGGGACGCCUCUACCUCUCAGAAAACUGGCUCUGUUUCUAUAGCAACGUGUUUCGGGGAACCAAGAUUAUACUGACACUAAAAGACAUCGUUACUAUGACCAGAGAGAAAACCGCUCGGCUCAUUCCCAACGCCAUCCAGGUGUGCACGAGCACCGACAAGUACUUCUUCACUUCCUUCUCGGCGAGAGAGAAAAGUUACCUGGGAGUUUUCCGCAUGUGGCAGAACACGCUGUUAGACAAGCCUCUGACCAGUUUGGCGUUGUGGCAGAUGGUCAAACAGCAUUAUGGGAAUGAUCUGGGCCUGACCAAUGAAGAGAUGGAGAGUUUACAGUUGUCAGGAGAAUCAAGCAUGCAGACCAGCCUGACUGUGAGGCCUGGUGGUGAUGACGGUGUUGGAAAGCUAGAGCGGACCUCCUCUGUACGCCUCCCUGGGGUGGAUCAUGCGCCUUUAGAGACCUCAACGCCUCAGGGGGAGGACUCGCCUUCCAUACUCGGCUUACAGAUCAAUGCGGAUGACUCCCGUAGCAGCCCAUCUCAGCGGCGCAGUCCCGCUCAAUUACUGGACCGCCUCGCCUCAGAACGGGCUUCCAAGCGCUCCACGCUUUCUCUCGACCUCAACGCUAACGAGAACGGCGUGUCUGAGCAGAGCGGUUCAGACAGCAUCGAAGAAGCGGAGGAGCGGGCGGGUUUGCCCACGGUGCAGGGUCGACUUUAUCUAAACAAGGUCUUCCACAUCAGCGCUAACAAGAUGUUUGAGAUGCUCUUCACUGACUCCAGCUUCAUCAGAAGGUUCAUGAAUGUCAGAAAAACAACCAACUCUAAUUUCACUGCUUGGCAAAAAGACGCCUCGGGGAACAUGAAAAGAUGUCUGAACUACACAAUAACUAUCAGCAACCCUCUGAUAGGAAAGUUCUCCACCGCUACAGAGAACCAGACGCUGUACAAAGAAUCCAGGGACGGUCAUUACUACCUUGUGGACUCUGAGGUGUUCACUCACGACGUUCCCUAUCAUGAUUACUUCUACACUCAGACUCGAUACUACAUCAUACGUACCUCGAAGCGGAAGUGUCGACUCAGGGUUUACACUGACGUGAAAUAUAAGAAGCAGCCCUGGGGUCUGGUCAAAUCCUUCAUCACCAAAAACUCCUGGAGCGGUAUAGAGGAUAACUUCAGACAGCUCGAGGCCGAACUGAUGGAGGAGGAAGCAGAGAUGAACCAGGGAGUUGGAGACUCUGGGAAGAUGAGUGGGCUUCGUAGGAGGAGGCGGACUUAUAGCAGGACACUGCCAGAGCACAUGAACCCCAACACGCAGUAUGGGCAGGACGCUGAGCAGGACAGAGACAGCAUCAUGGGCCCCAUAGAAAUUAGAGGCACGCACAGAUGGAGCACCACAAAGAUAGUGGCUGGGAUGAGUGUGAUUUUGCUGAUUCUGACGAUGAUGAAUCUGGGUCUGUUCUUCAAGUUGUGGGCGAUGGAAGAUGUAGCCAACCGCAUGUACCUGACCACAAAGCAUCGGCUGAGGGAGAGGAGUGUGGCCAGCUUCAUCCCUGAAUAUGGCCCCAGACAGGGACCUUGGUAUAGGACCACAGAGGACAUGCAACUGCUGAAAGCUGUUCUGCAGGACUCCAUCAACCUUUUAGAACAGCUCCGCAACUCUCUGGUGGUGCUGCAGAAGAACUUUGCGUUGGCCAAUCGUACAGCAGGACCACAGUGACACACCACACCUGGCGACCACAGAGUGCCCCCCCCCCCCCCCCCACCACACCCACACCCCUCCCCCUCCCCCCUCCCAGAGGAAACCUGUGGAGAAAACUGCACUUGUGAACAGUCUCUGAGGAAAUAUCUGUUAUCCAGUGACAUUGCCAUGUUUUUUAAGCUGUGGACUGACUGCUGCUGGCACAAAGUGAUAUGUAAGUCAGCCCCAAAGAGGGCCGUGGGUUUAAAUAUUUGUAGGGUGCCAUUGUCAGCGCCCUUAGUUGUUUCCUUUGAGUUUUUUCCCUAAAAACUUUGAUUUCAGAAAACUUUGUCCUGAUGUGCCUUUUCUAUAUCCAGAUGAGCCUCUUGCCACACCAAAAGGAGCUAUUGUAAAUAGUUUUUUUUUUAAUUAUUAUUGAAGGGAAAUGAAUAAGUCUUAUUUAAAAUGACUAUUUUCUGUCGGAUUUUCUUGCACAGUUUUAAUUUUUGCACAAGUGCCUCAUAGGUUAGUCUGUGUUUUUAGAUAUCUUUUUAUGGAAUUUAUUAUUUCAAAUAAAUAUGGUAGGAUCUGUUACUCAAAUUUCCACAAUCGUCCUGUUGUGUACAAUGAGAAAACACAAUUGUUUUGCAUUCAUAAACUCCAGAGUGGUUGCAAGAUUUAAGGGUCAAAUAUGAUAAAGGUAGCCUAUACUGCUGCUAUAUGCCCCUGACAUCUUGAACUGAUGAAUUCAUCUGUUGAUUUUAUCCCGGGCUGAUAUCAGGGAAUGUUUUGUAGUCUUAAGCAGCCCAUAUGAUUUGUCUUCUUCACCUGUACAUUUUAAAUAAGUGACGUGUGUUUUCAUGCUCUCUUCCUUUUAAAUUCAUAUUAAGCUUAGUAAGAAACGGUUUACUUUCAGUACUUUUCCUCUCUGUUGUGUCAGUGAGACACUUGGGUUAUCUCAGUACUGUUUCUACCAACUUUAAAUGCAGGGCUGCCAAGAAUAUUUGCAUUGAUCAUACAGUAUGUUCUUGCUAAGUCGUCAAUGUGUUUAACAUUGUAUUUAUGUAAAUGUUUACCUAUAAAGCACUCAGGGAUGUGC